GUUGUCACGUACAUCACCAGUUUUUCUUACGUUUGUUUUUAAUUAUGAACUUAUUGUGAACUUCGUGUUUUCUACGGUAUUGUGUUGAACGAUUUUGAACGUUGUAUCCGGGGCGUUUGGUCGUACUCUUGACUUUGCGGCUAAAUUAUGUUAUAAAGUGACUCUAACCGUGGCUGGUAUUCUGAUUAGUUGUUUUCUUGAUACAACACAAGGAUGAUGAUGGAUCAGGCACAUUUCGGCGAGUAUCUCCUGAGGCAGCAAAUGCUUCACGCCGCUUCACUUAGUGGACUGCAACACCGCAUGGGCGCGGACGCAGAGCCGCCGGCGUGCGAUGCGCGGCUCCUCAACGCUGACCUCUGGCGGAGGUUCCACGACAUCGGCACCGAGAUGAUCAUCACGAAAGGCGGACGGCGCAUGUUUCCUUCUCUUCGCAUCUCCCUGGCUGGGCUGGACCCUCGCGAGGAGUACUGCGUGCUUCUAGAACUGUCUCUGGUGGGGCGGCGUCGCUGGCGCUGGGCGGGAGGCGCGUGGGCAGCGGCGGGCGGCGCGGAGCCACAAUCCCCCAGGAGACUGAUGCUGCACCCUGACUCUCCAGCACCAGGACACCACUGGACUGCCAACCCAGUUUCGUUUAGUAAACUGAAGCUGACCAACAACACCAUGGAUGCACAGGGACAUAUGGUACUUACGUCCAUGCACAAGUACCGCCCCCGGGUUCUGAUAGUGAGAGCGCGCGACGCGGCCGCGAUAGCGUGGGGCGCGCCGCACGCCGCCUUCUCAUUCCCAGAGACUGAGUUCAUCGCUGUUACUGCUUACCAGAAUGAUCGCAUUACAAAACUAAAGAUCGACAACAAUCCAUUCGCUAAAGGAUUCCGGGCCUGCGGUCAAUCGAAGUGUAAACGGAAGAACUUAGACAGUGGCGACAAUUCAGAGCCAUCUAGCAGCGAGUCCAGUGAAGCUAAACGACCCUGUUCAGACGCUGCGUCAUCUUGUUCGGAGGAGGGGAGCCUGCGGUCGUCGUCACCGCGCUCGCCGCCGCUCGUGGAGUCUCCCGCGCCGCUGGUGGCGCCCCCUGAGAACAUCACGCCUCCUCCCACAGCUUUCUACCCUCCCGAACUGCCAUACUUAGGACCUUUACAUAUGCCAAUGCCGUUGGGUAUAUGGCCCAACACUCCGAUGCCGGGUGGGUUCGCCUGGGGCCCGGCCGCACCGCCGCCGCCGCCUAAAUUGCCCUCUCCUCCCGCGGCGGAGCCCGCGCCCUGCCGCCGCGUCAAAAGUUUUACCAUCAGCGCUCUUCUGGGCGAAGGUUAAUAUAAUUGUGUAUAAUUUAAUUAGAGAUUAAUGUACAAUAGAGUUUUUAAUUGCAUAAGUGUAUACGAUACCCAUCAAGUAAACUCGUACUAUUGUGAUUUAAAGCAAGAACUUAUUUUAUUCUUCUUUAGGUAAUCAAAUGUCUUUGCAAUAACUUAAUAUUGUAAAUAUUGUUUUAGUACUUAGAAAUAUGAUGUAAUAUACAUAUUUUAUAGAACAUAACUACCUCGUUACACAAGCAUAGAAUUUAUUAUUGUGAUAGCUGUGCCUUAAGAAUAAAAAUAUAUUCA